UACUCUAAGGAGUUCUUUGAAAAUGGCAUGCAUCGCUACUAUGGUGCCAAUAUUAAAACAGUGUUCUCUGCCUUUAAGAAUGGAAAAGUCUCGGAUCCACUUGCUCCUUCGUCCAUGCAAUUCAAUGGUACUGGAUCAUAUGGAAACGGCGGCGCUAUGCGUGUAUCUCCUGCUGCUCUAUACGCAUUACAGUUUGACAUGGACAAAUUUGAGGAAAGAAAUAUAGAAAUCGAUUUAUUAAUUUUUCUUUGCUUUUAG